CUGUCCCUGGUUCUUGAACGUUCUCCAAUUGUCAGCCCUGGUAUACGUGACGGGGCGGGAGGCCUUACGUAGGUUGCCCAGCCAAUAAGAGAUCGACUUUCCGUUGUCACGGUGAUAGUGCCGUAAGCUUCUGACGUCAAAGCGUACUUAUAGUGACGUCAGAGAACGCGCUACGUGAACGGGCAAGUGUGUUUACAGAAAAAUUGAACUUGAACCUGCUCAUGAACUUGAAUUUGUAGUGCAAUUUAGUGCUGAGAUUGUUGCUGAUCGAAUGAAUGAUCGAAUAAUCGGCACUGGCAACGUAAUACUUUCUUGUCUCUUUCAAGUGUGGCCGAUAUUCGAAAGUCAUGAAACGAUGUGACGACGUAACGAGGUCUAAAUUUAAAUGCUUCAUCGAGCGGAUACGCGUCAAGAUUCGCAGCGAAGCGUUAUACCUGCGAAGGAACAAUAGUCGAGGUUGUGCCGAGAACUAAUCGUAGAAUAUGUGAAUUUUUAAGCGUUUUGCUAGGCACAGUCCGGAAUUACUUAAACUUUGCAGUACGAAUGGAGCCAUGUAUUAUCCGAUCGAUCGGGAUGGUUAAUAUUCGCAAUCGGAAAUUUUCACGAUUCUGGCAAUUUUCGAGUGAUUACUUUGUUUUCGCUAAUUCUCGGUGUGUUAAUCGCAAUAUUUUCAACAACGGUGGUGAAAAGGGACGAAAAGGAGAGGGUGGAAAGAAAGGGCAAUGGGAAGAGGGAGAAGUAUGGGCACGUGAAGAGGUCAAGGUGACAGGAGGGGGAAUCAUUGCGAAGGUCACGAACAGCACCGGCGCACCACUGACCUUUAAAAGCUGCGUAUCGUUUGUUCCUGCUACAGUUCGGUUUUGGAGCUUUUAGAAAUCAGACUGAGCUUAUACAUCACACGCGCGCGAUUCACUCAACGCAUGACUGUCAAGAAUAAAAGAUUACAUCGCUGACAAAUUUUCAGCGAAAAAUAAGAGGAAGCAUUGAUACGACACGUAUUCAAGGUACAACAAGAAAUAUAACGAAGAAGAGUGACGUAUGCGUGAGAAGACAACUGUAUAGCGAAGAGCAAGUACGAGCAAACAAUAACAAAAGAAAAAAAGGAAAUUAAAAAAUUAGUAUAUAGAGGAACAGUGAGCAAAAUAGAGCGAUUUAGAGCUCUCUUGAGAGGAGUGUGUAGGUGUUUCCAAGAUAAUGACAAUGAAGAUAAACAACCCUUUUCAAAUGAAAAAAUACAACGGAAAGUUACGAUUUGCGAACCUCCUAGGAAGUUUCGACGGCGUAUGUCAAGAAAGACUUGGUAUGCUAAGCAGCUUAAGAUGGCUUAUAAGAGGAGAAUGCAGAUGAUUGAGUCUGAUGAACUCUAUAACAGUUUAGAAAUUGAAGAACCGACAGUACCAUUGACAGCAGCAAAUAUGAUGAUAGAUCCUGAUAAGUUUGACAAUCUAGAGAUAGCAAUCCCGUCAACAUCAACAACAAACUAUCCACUAUCACGAUCCACGAUGUUACACAGAGAGCUUCAGGAUGCUAUCCAAAAUGAAGAUAGAAUGAAUGAGUACAAUGGAUAUGAUGACAGUCAACAGAUUGUAGAAUCAGUUCCAUCAACAUCAACUGCAAUCCAUUCGGAUUCGUAUCAAUCCCUCAUUCAAGAAAAAAAGUCAUUGAAAUUUGAAAUAGAUAACAUAGGAAAAGUUAUGACAUGUUGUAAAACUGCUGUUAAUCGCUGGCUAUCUGUUUUAGAUGAAGAAUUUCCUGAGAAAGAGUAUUUACAAGAAUAUGAGGAAGGAGCUGAUAAACUACAUGAAUUACAAUGUAUAGAAAUAGAACUUGAAAAUAAACAGGAAAAAAUAGAAGAAUUGGAGAAAUUAAGAAAAAAAGCUGAAGAAGCUAAGAAGAAGAAAAAGAUAUCUAUAUUAAUGAUACACCUCCCAAAUAGUCAAUAUACCACUAUAGAGGUAAAGGAAGGACUUACUUUAAGGAAUGCAGUAUCAAAAGCUAUGGAACGUCGGCAAUUGAUUUUGGAUGACUGUGCAGCUUAUAUUAAGCAACGUAUGACAUAUUUUAUUUCUUGGGAUACAGACAUAUCAACUUUGCCAUGUAAGGAAGUGUUUGUGGAGUAUCUGGAAACAUUUCCUGUUCCAGUUUUUUGGACUCAUAAUUUUGCGGGUACCAAAGUUUUGUUAGGUUAUUGUUAUGUUUGUGGAAAGAGUGUUCUUUAUGGAUUUAUCUGCAAAGCAUGUAAUAGAAAAUUUCAUACAAAAUGUGUAAGUUAUGCGUCUUUACUCUGUGAACAUAUACGAAGACGAACAGCUUAUUAUGAAAGAUUAUUGGCUAAUAAUCCAGCUACAGGAAUUAUUCAAAUUCCACCAGUACCUGUACCGAGUAUUAGUUCAAGGAGACGAAUUAAAAAACCUGCUCAGGACACUGAACCAACCACAAUUGAUAAGACCACUCAAGUCACUACAAGAACAAAAUUUUUGCGAUAUCCUAGAAGAAACAAAAGACAUCAAAAAUCAAAGGACCAAGAUGAUUCAUGUGCUGAUGAUACAGAAUCUGAAGAUAGUAUUUUCAGUCAAGAUUCAAUAAGAGAUUUUAAAAUUGUAGCGGAAGAAAUCACGUAUGAAGACGAUGAUGAAAAGGGAAAGGGAACUUACGGAACUGUGUAUAAAGCUGAUUGGUAUGGACCUGUGGCCGUGAAAAGACUUAAUAUUGAAGUUCCUACAGAACUAGAAAUAGAAAUGUUUAAAAAUGAAGUGAACGUUUUACGUAAAAUUCGGCAUAUGCAUGUGUUAUCAUUUAUGGCUUGUAUUGUUAAACCUUAUUUAGCAAUUAUUACGCAAUGGUGUGAAGGAAACUCUUUAUAUCAUCGUCUGCAUGUCGCAGAGGACGAAUUAGAAAUGAUUACAAUUGUGAUAAUUCUUAAACAAAUUUCAGAGGGCAUGGAUUAUUUACAUGCCCGAAAUAUUCAUCAUCGGGAUUUAAAAAGUAAGAAUAUUUUUUUUCAUAAUGGACUUCACGUGAAGAUUGGUGACUUUGGCCUUGCAGUAAUGAAGAGUCGACAACCGAGAAAUAAUAGAAGAGAUGAAUUGGACGAAAAGGACGAAAGGGAUGAAAGGGACGAAAAUGAUGAAAAUGAUGAAAAGGAUGAAGAGAUUGAAAAGGGUAAAAAGAAUAAAAAGGUAGGCACUGAUGACAAGAUUAAAAAGACUAAAAGGACUACUACAAAAACUAAAAAAGAGUUAGAAGAAGAGCUAGAGAACCAGCUAGCUGGUUCAGUUCGUUGGAUGGCUCCGGAAGUUUUAAGGUUUAAAGAAGACUAUCCAUAUAGUUUUCAAUCUGACGUAUAUGCAUUUGGUAUAGUAAUGUAUGAAUUAUUUGCUCGUGAUUUACCGUAUGGUUAUAAAACCGAUAAACUGUUUAUUUUAUAUAAUGUAGGACGUGGCGGUUUAAAACCCGACGAGAAAAAAAUACGUUCUGAUACACCUAAAAAACUCGUAAAACUUUACAAUCAAUGCAUUGAGUUUGAGAAAGAGAAGCGACCAUUGUUUCCCUAUAUUUUAAGGCAAGUGUACCAUGUUUUCAAGGCUACACCGAAAAUAAGAAGAACGACUUCUUUACCAUUAAAGACUGACGUGUUAGCAGAUACCUAUAUUGAACGAGCUGACGAUGUUCAAGACUUUCUCACAUCUGACGCUGAUGAUUAUGAUGACGAAAAAGCUGAUAUCGACGCUAACAUUAAUGCAAAUGUAAGCGUUAGCAAUAGUGCUAGUGUUGUAGAUGUUUUUGCUGACUUUUAAAAUUGAUAACAGAUAGUGAACUAGCUAAAAUUGGAACAAGAAUAGCUUCCUUAAAUAACGUAUUUACAACGAGGAGAAUAAAGAUAUAGAGUUCAGCAAUGAGUAGUAACUGCACAUGCAUCAAGCUUUUCUCUUUGUAAAUCUCGUUCUCUCCAGCGAUUGGUCACGUAGUCGGCCGCCAAGGGAAAGUGAGAUGUUCAUCGCAGGCGCAGUUUGAACUCUGUAUCAGAAAAGGACAGCAUUUUUGCUCCAAUUGUCACAAAUCCUGCUGCGCUUUUUCCUUCAGCGAUUGGCCAAGCAGUUGGUAGAAGAAAGGGAGAAGUCUAGUGCAGUUCAAUCUCACUAUCUCAGAGUUAGAAAGAGAAGGUAAGCCUAUCAUAGAUUUCUUUCUCUUUCUAAAGUAAGUAAAGCACAUGUGAUCGAAUGCGCAGUUUGUUCUUAUUACAGGUCUAGCAACGUAUAAGUUUGUUAUUCUAUUUUUUUUUUAGAAGUUUAAAGAAAAAAAUCUUUGUAAAAAAUGAUAUAUUGUAUAUAUAUGUGUAUAUGUGAUGUAGCGUAUAUUGAUUUUGUAUAAGCUUUACGAAUAGGGAUCUGGACCGAACUGCAUCUUAAACCAAUUAAUAAGAUCCAAUCAACAUAAUAAGAAAUAAAUACGUAUGAUAAGUGUUAUAACUCUUAUUACACAGGAUGCGGAAACGCUUGACGUGCGGCAGGAUCGAAAUGAUUUUUUACAUCUUCUUUUAUCUCAAUUAUAUGCUCAUUUUGAUUCUUCUUUUAUAUUUUAAGGUGCUGUAAUAUGUAUUCAUUGUCAAGCAGAACAGUUUGAUCUGAAUAUGAUAGUACAACGAUUAGUUUUUAGCUGUUACUCUGUUCUGCUUUUCAAAUAUAAU